CCCAUGACAACCUGCCAACUGUAACGCAACUGCCUUGCCCGCCAGCUGCAAUUUGAGCAAAGCGAACCCGCGAAGGCUUGGAAAGCAAGGGAGACCAAGCAAAAUAUAUAUAUAUAUAUAUAUAUAUCUUUGCAAAAUCUUUGCAUUUUGUUUUAUUUAUUAAUCAGAGCUCGUUGCAUGCUGCAAGACCAUCCAUGGAAGCGUCUUUCGUGGAAGAGGUGGCUGCCUCUUUGGUGCGGGAGUUCCUGAGCAAAAAGGGCUUAAAGAAGACAAGUACCAUGAUGGACGAAGAAUUUCCCCGUACCGCACUCAGCAUCAACAACAGGAACGAGCUCCGAAGUGUUUUGCACCUCCAGUCUUUAUACAAACAAAACAAGGCCAAAGAGGCUCCUUUAAAAACCAUUCUGGAAAUCAUGGCGAGCUAUUUUCUGGAGCUCCAGAGUAACCAAACCUUCCUGGGAAAUUCCUCGUUUCUGGAAAAUAAAGCCUGUCACAACACAAGAAGUAUGCAGAGUUUUCCUCCUAAGAAUUUCCACUCUGGAGAAGCCACUCGAGGGCAGGCAGCAGCUGAAAAAACUAAAAAAGGGACUCCCAGCUGUCCAGAAGGCAUUGUCACAAGCCAGGCGAGAAGGGAAAGGCUAGGACCAUGUUGGAUGCUGAGGCUGAAGGAGAGAAAACUAUGCGACCUUCUGGAUGUGAUACAGAUUCCGGGAGAAUUAUCUACGGAGACCAGAACGACUUCGAGGGAGAAACCGCGAGGCCAGCCUAAUCUUCUUCCAUCUCAAGGAAAGACGGGUGCUUCCGCGGACGCAUCUCAAGAGAAUUCCUUAAAAAGAAGGAACCUGAAGCGGCUAUCUGGAAUUUGCAGCCCGGCCGAAUUUGGCCAGGAAAGCUCCUUUAAGAGUUCUACAGUCCUUCCGGGUCAUUCCUUCGAGAAAACCACAGUUCCCAGAUCGUUGGACGAGUUCCUGUCCGUCCGCGCGGCGGAGCGUCCGCUCGACGUCCGUCAGAACGGUUCUCCCAACUCUCCCUCGAGUCGGUGUGCAAAGAAGGAUGAUUCAACAGUCCGAAACAAUGCGGUCAGUUCUGGAGAUGACCCCUUGACCAAGACAGUCCUGGAAAGGACAGUUGAAGAGAAGAAAAUUGCAUCCGGCUAUGAGAAAAUGCGCUCUUUGGACGUUUUUCAGAAGGAAACGCCGACGGGAAACCGGAGUGGUGUGAAGUCUUCGCAGAAAAUCGAGGCCUCGUUUACAGACAUGAGAAGAUCUCCAACCUCUGCAUCCAGGAAGGAACAUUGGCCCAGAGACAUUUUGGAACUAGUUGAUGUCGAGGAUGAAGAAAGCUGGGAGGAUGUCGGAGAGGACCCUGAACCAUUGGCUCUAUAUACGUGUCAAGUGACAACCAAGCCCAUUGAUUUCAAUCUUGCAAAGGACCUAAAAACUCUGCUUUUCGGCUCCAGUCUUGGAUGCUUCAAUGAAGAAUGGAAAAUCCAGAGUUUUACGUUCAACGAAAACCCGGAGCUGAAAUACGGCAUCGUGCAGAAAAAGGGUGGGCCGUGCGGGGUCCUGGCAGCCGUUCAAGCCCACGUCCUCCAACAUCUUAUCUUCGGUGACAGUAACAACCGGAACAACACGGUUGGGUGCCUUCGGCCGUCUGACCCCGACAGGAUCCAGUGCCUCAUUCUGGCUCUUGCUGGUAUUUUAUGGCGUGCAGGUGGCAACGAGAAAGUGGUGUUGACUUUGACUACAGGAACACAGCAGUUCAUGCCUGCGGGAAAAUAUAAGCCAGAUGGGAUCUUAGAAAUGCUUCUGUUGCACUUUUUCACAACCUACGAAGAUCUGCUGAUGUUCCUACAACAUAAUAUCCAUCAGUUUGAGGCUGGUCCCUACGGCUGCAUUCUCCUGACUUUGUCAGUGAUAUUGUCAAGAACCAUCGAUCGAAUCCGUGGAGAUGUGGAUGUCACCACAAACACACUGAUUGGUGCACACGGAUACUGCACGCAGGAACUGGUCAACUUGCUACUGACCGGCAAGGCCGUAUCCAAUGUCUUCAACGAUGUGAUGGAGCUGGACUCAGGAAACGGCAACAUCACUAUCCUGAAAGGCAUCAGUGGCCGUAGCGACCUGGGCUUGCUGUCGCUCUUUGAGCAUUACGACGUCUGCCAGGUGGGCUGUUAUCUCAAGACCCCCAGGUUUCCCAUUUGGGUGGUGUGCAGCGAGAGUCACUUCAGCGUCCUCUUCUGCUUGCGAAAGGAUUUGCUGGGAGACUGGAGGACGGAACGCCGGUUUGAUCUGUAUUAUUACGAUGGUUUAGCCAAUCAGCAAGAGGAGAUCCGUCUAACCAUCGACACCUCACAGCUUUAUGUGGAAAACCCAGAGAACGACCUCGUUUCCCCUCUGGAGCAUUGCAUUCGGACGAAGUGGAAGGGAGCCAGGGUCAGCUGGAAUGGCACUGACCCCAUCUUGUGACCGACUUCUUCCAGCAAAACCAGACUUCACCCCCAGAGGGAACCUGGGCGUUUCUCAUCCCCGGCCCGAUCAGAUGCAAACCCACCAAGGACCUUCAUCAUGGACUCCUCGUACUCCUCCU